AAAUGGCAGCCUCCAUGAGCUCAAUGGAUACUAAAGUUAUUUUGCAUGAAAUUUCAUGUCAAUUUUUUGAAAUGGUGCCGAUCAGGCGAAUAAAAUGGAGAACAGAGCUUAUUACAAGUGCACAGAUUGGUCCAGAGGAACAGAAGGCUGUUCUCAAUGCCACAGUUUUAAAUGAUCUUUGCAAAAAAUAUCCUCCAUCAGUUUCCUACCAAAAAGCUUUCAUGAAGACACUACUUCACAAGUUAGAGGAAAGUGAAGUUGAAAUGUGUGAUGAAAUCUACGAGGUGUACACAGACCUUUUACAACAGACUGAAGAUGAAGAUGACAUCCUUUGUUACAAAACUUAUCAUCUGCCAAACAGUGAAACAGUAAGCCUACAGGAAUCAAUACACCUCAUAUCCCAAGGAACGACUGGACUUAAUACAUGGCAGGCUGCCUUACACCUAGCAGAAUGGGCAUUUGAGAACAGUGACUUGUUAGAAAACAGGAAGGUUUUAGAGCUUGGAAGUGGACUUGGUCUUACUGGAAUAGCUAUUUGUAAACAGUGUAAAUUAAGAUCGCUGACAUUUUCAGACUGCCAUCCACAAGUCUUAUACCUUUUGAUGGUAAAUCUAGAGAUCAAUUUCAAUUCUGAUCCUAAUUCUUGUGCUAUUAAAGCCAUCCUACCAGAAAAUCAGACUGUCACAUCAAAAAGACGGAAAAUGAUUCGAAGCAUUAGACGUCAGCUCAGUGUGAAACAAGAUAUUGGUAUGGAACAGUCGGACAUUAUGGAAAUAAGUUGUACAUCUUCUGCCUCAGCAGACGACUUAGAGGAAGAAUCUGACGAGGAUUUAGACAUUGAUAUUUUUACGCCAAAUGAGGAAUUCUGGGAAGAAGGAGACUAUGCGGAAAGUUAUAAACUUUGUUGUGACAAGAGAAUAAGUCUUUUACAAUUAGACUGGAGUAAAGGCAGUCAUGAUUUUCUAGACAAACUAGCACCUGAUAUAAUAUUAGCAGCAGAUGUUGUAUAUGACAAGGAAGUGAUUCCGUCUUUAGUUAGAGUAUUGCUCAAAGUAUUGAAACCAAAGAAAAAUAUUGUACCUGUAGCUUAUAUAGCAUCUACAGUAAGAAAUGAAGACACUAGAGAUUUCUUUCUUAUAAAUCUUGCCAAUGAAGGAUUAGCCUAUGAGAUAGUAGAACCACCAAAAGCGAAAACAUUCCAUUAUGAUGAUAUCAUUCCAAUAGAAAUACUCAGAAUUCAUUAUUCAGGGACAUAGAAAUAAGUAGAGGAAUAGAGUAAAGGCUUGAGGCUGUUAUCAUUUCAAUGCAUUUUACAUAAGAUCGAUAUUCCAGAAAAAAAUAUAUCAGAGGUUACAAGGCUUCUUAUAAAUGAUUCAAGGGCAAUAGAGUAAACUAUCAUGAUCUCCAAUUCAAAGCACAUAUUUACAAAUGAAAAUUUUGAAGUGGUGUGCAAGAGACAAAGUGGUUCAUACUUUUUGUUUGUAAGUUAGAGAAAAAGUGCCAUGCAACCUCUUAUCUAUAAAUUUCAGGAAUAAUUCUAUUUUGCUUCCAUGCUAGAAAACUUUCAUCAUAUUGUGUCGAGCAGCUGAUAUUUUACGAUAUCUAUAUAUAGAAAAUCCAGUAAUCUGUUUAUUGUUCUAUAAAUGAUCCUCUCCAUCAGACAGUUUUACGCUUGAUGAAACCAAGCUUAAAAACAUCUCCUCACACAUUGUGACAUCGCUAAUUACUUCUCCUCAGAUAUUGUGACGUCGCUGAUAAUGCCUGCUCACAUCUCAAAGCUGUGAUAAGAGAAUUACUCAGUGACUGAGCAGGGUGAUAUAGGCCAAGGGACGGAUGAUUAUUGAUUUAGAUAUAAAAUCAUUGUCUUUAAAGUUAUUGAUUUAAAAUUAAACUAUUGUCUUUUGAAUUAUAGAUUUUUGAUUGUUCCGCAUGAGAGGGUGAUAUUAAGAAAAUUGUCACUCACCCUCAUAUUAACCAAACUGGUAUUUUAACAUGUGGUACAAAUGUAUAAUAAUAAUUUGAAAUUAAAGGCAACCACUGACAAGAUUCCUCUCUUGGGACAGGCACAUAAACAUGUAGGCAGGUUUAACUAGUGUUUUAGCACUCAACCCUACCAUUGUUAAUUCCAAUUACUGGGAAAAAAAACAGAGGGUUCAUAAUAGAAAAUAAGUCUUUGGUUGUACAAUAAGUAAAUAUUUUGUGUAGUAAUUAAAAAGGGCAAAAUUGUAAAAAAUAUGGUGAUGUAAAAUCUUUGGUGGAUUUUUGAUUUUUUAACUAAAACAAGUUUACAGUUAUUUUUUUUUACCAGUAUUACCUGUAUUAUCACUUACUAAGGUUGAAGGUAAAUUGAUAGAUAUAUACACACAUUAUCAUAGUAUACUACAACUUUUUUUCGAUAGUAUUCAGCCAUUGUUAUCUAUUCUUAUGCAAAACUAUACACUUGCAUUAGGUAAAAAAAUACACAUCUUACAUUGCUUUGAAAAACAAUUGUAAACAUAAAUUGUUAAUCAACAUAAGAUUAUUUACAUUGAGUAUAUAUGUUUUAAAUUGUCACAAAAGCAAGAGUUUUAAAAUAUUUGUCUAAAAUUUAUCACACAACAGUGUGGAUAUUGACACUAAAAAAUGGAAAAUAUCACCUUCUUUUCUGUGUAAACAAUAUACUGUGGAUUCAUUAUUAUUCGUUGGUUACCAAUUUUCGGGGAUUUCGUGGGUACAAGGAAACAACGAAUUUAAAUGUUCAACGAAAUGCAAAUUGUUUAAAGGAAUGCAUGUGAACCUUGUCAAAACCACGAAUUUGAAUAUCUAUGAAUAUGCAAGUUUUCCUCUAUCCACGAAAAUUGGUACCCACGGAAAUAAAUGAAUCCACAGUAAUGGAAACUAUUUUCUGCACUUGUUUAUACACACUACUGUACAAGGCUUUAUAUUCUUGAAUAAACAUCGUUUGUGGAUAUUGUGAAUUAAAUGAUAUACAUCAAAUAGACAUCAACUAAACAACACAAACAAAAUAGGUCUGCAAACAAUCUCCAACAAUAAAAAAGUGUCCAUACAGUAUAUCUAUCUGUAAAUUGUUUUGAGGGGAGAUAAUUUGUGAAUAAAUUUCAUCAAAACCAAAAUGAUAAUCACAUGAAUCUCGAUCUUUUUGUGGUUAAAAUGAAAAAAAAUAUACAUUGUACCUAAAACUGAAGGAAGGGAAAUUGAUACAUUGAUAGCUUUUGGUUAAUUAAGGAUUAUUAUCUUUACUGGGUGGAAAAUACAUGAAAAAAGAGUGAAUGUCCCCUUGUUGAUUUUAGUGUCAGAGAAUUGUAAUACAUAAAUUGAAUAAGGACUAUGUAUUUUUUUGAAAUAUUCAGUAAAUGCGAAUAAGAUAGUUUAUUUCAUGAGGGCUUACAUGUGUUCAGGAAUUUUUCAUUUUAAGAUAAAUUUGUUGUAGAAGACAUGGCUCAUGCAUGUAUAAAUCUAGUUCAUCAAUGCAAUAUUAGUUCACUUAUUUGUUUUUGUUAGCAGAUUGUCAUAUUGUCAUUAUAAUUUCUGUAUAACCCUCUGUAGAAACGCACUACAGCUCAGCACCAGCUACAGCACAACCUGUCCACAAUGAGCUGGCUCCUCCUGCUGGCUUUUAUUUAACCUCAGAGUUUUGUAAAAAAUGGGAGUACAAAAGCGUAACAAAUUUUUCCAAGAUGGCAAGUUGGAAAUGACUUUAGUCAUCUAAGCUAUAAUGUAAUGUAUGGCUUCUGAUAAAGCCAUCAUUGCUUAUACUUUUGUUAAGUGUAAUAAACUGUUUGAUUGGUAAGGGUAUGAAGUGGAUUUUAUUAUGUUAUAUUGUAAAAAAAACUUCUGUUUUUAUCACUUGAAAAUAUUUUAUUUUAAAAGAUAUAGCAAACUCAUUGUACAUGCCAAACAGUUGACCUAGCAACGAUAUUUGAACGAAACCUUUGUUGUAUUAUUUUUUAUCCAUCCCUAAAUGUUUGUACUAAAAUGUAUUUUUAUUCCAUUUUUCAUUAGAAUUUUGGUGACGUUCUUAGACUAGUUCAAGAACACAAAUUCCUACAAUAUAUGUAAAAGCUAAAAGACUUUUAAAAAUAUUAUUUGCCAAGCAUCUAAAAGUUUACUGUUUGUCUGACAUUUGGUGAAAAAGUAAUGUUUGAUUACUUGAAAGCAUUUUAUUAUUGUCUUUUCUGUUCUGAAGCUUGCAAUGUUUUUAUUUCAAAACAGUUCAAAAAGGAAAAAUUUUGAUACACAUUGCACUUGUUAAGUGACAUCUACACAGAUGAUGCCAUCACAAACAAAGAUGAUCUCACAACAUAGAAAAACCAGCAAUAGAUAGAUUUUGAUAUAACAUAAUUUGAGUUGGAGCCAUUUCCUUUGGCCGCCAUGUUGAAGGUGAAACAUGUUGAUUUUCUUAUUUGACUACCGGUAAUCAAAUUCAAACAUGUAAUACAAACAAGUGUUAGAACAGAUCCUGUCUAUAAUGGAUUGUUGUCAUGAAAUAUAUGAGACUAAAACAAGUUAAAAUUGUUUGGAAAUCAACUUUAGAUAAGUCUAGGGGUCAGUUUAACAAGUUGAAUAUGGAUAAUUUAUGGAAUAAAUGGAAAUAAUUUGUACUCGAGUUACAUCAGUUAAAAACUAUCUAUACACAUGUUCAUAAUGAAAUUGUGUUUUAAUUGAUUGAGAAAUUAAAAAGAAAUUAUGUUAUCAGAGCAGAUCAAUAUUUUAUAACUUGUUGAAAAUUUGAUGAGCAGUACACUAUUGUGUUGUUCUUUGUUGUAAUUACAGAACUUUCCAUGAAAAACAAAGAUUUUUCUAAUUUACUUGGAACAUGCAGUAAACACCUUUUUGUGACUUUUGAACAUUAAAAUGUAUAAUUUAACCACAGACUUUAUAAAAAAUUUACAAAAAAAACCCCAAAAACCAAUAUGUCCCAUUGCUCAUGGAAAGGUAUUCUGUUACCAACAGAACUAUUGCAGCACUGGUACCAGGCUAAAAUUAUAAACAAAAUUCAGAAAAAAGGCUUAACAUUUAAAGUAAUAUAAAAGCUUACAGAUUUGUAUAUUGAUAGUCAAUCAGAUUAUUAAUUUUUUUUUAUUGUUAUAUAUAGAGAAUUUAUAGAUUACCGUAUUUAUAUGGCUUUUAGUGAAAAAAGAAUUAUAAUGCACUAUUAAAUUUUUAUAUAUUUAUUUAUAGAGAAUUAUAUUUUGAAAUUUAGCUCAUUUAAUUUUAGCAUAAGGUUGUGUUUUAAUGUAAAUGUAGAUUGUAUGUUACGAAAUCUAGCGAGAAAAAAGUAAAAUGCUGUAGAAGUGUUUUCAUAUUUUGUGAUGUAGAAACUCCUUUUGUUUAUGAAAUAUUGUAAGACAACUAAUUUUCAUGUGUUAUUUAUAUAAGUGACGUUGCCUUGUGUGACAGCAAACCAAAAAUUAAAAAAACCUAGACAUUCAGACCCAAAAUGAAAUGAAAAUAAUGCAAAAUAUUAUCUGUAAAAAGAUAUAUUAGUUUAAACAUUGUAUUCUUGUCUGAUGACCUAGGUCAAUUACUAAGGGUAAUCCUAUUGGUCAGUUAGCUGUUGUGAUGUUAUAUUGAAAUUAUAUAUAAGUAAACUAUCACUGGUUGUUCUCAACCACCUGUAUACAUGUGGUGUUGGGCACAUUAUUUCUGCUAAAUUUUUUUUUGAGGUUGUGCAAUUGUUACACUCAUUACUUUUAGUUGAUAAUUGAUAUGUCAAUGAACUGAAAAAAAUGCAAUUGAAUUGUCUGUAAAGUAUGUUUAUUUGCACCAAAUUGUCAGGUUUGUUUUAUAGAGUAGUACUUAAUAAAGCGUAUCUUACCUGCAUUUUGAAGUAAAUAUAUUAUUUGUUAAAUGACACAAGACCAAUUUUCAUUGAGUUAUUUUCAUACAGGUGCUCCAAGGCAAGGAUGGGAUUGGGACUUGUAAAGAGUGUAUGCAAAAACUGUAUUUGUCGCUCUAUAUCUGUCACUGGGUUAAAUAUGUCAUUUGAUAUACAAAUUUACAAACACAGUAAAAUUUGCAAUUAAAAUCGUGUUCAACAGCUAUGUGUAGCACAGAAUAACAUUUGAUUUUAUUGACACAUGGACAAAUGCAUUCUUUAGAAUCUUAAAAAGUUUUCAUCAACAAUUUAAAUUUUCACCACAUGAGUGAAACAAAUUAAAGUGAAAUUUUUCAUGCCCUCUUUUUAAUUUUUAAAGAGAUUUAGGUCUGUGGAACAUAAUUAUGAUUGGUAAAGGUUGUUUUUGAGAUUAUGUUUUUUAUAUUCUUGUUAAAGAUUUUGUUUUGUACUAUUGUUGUAUUUAUAAUGAUUUGGUGCUUUACAAAUAAAACAUCGUUUGUA